AUGUUUUUCUUUCACGAGGGACUUGACAGUUUCAAUCAGAAGACCUUGUACAAUGCAUACAAAAAGCUGACAAAGAACAUUGAUAUUGACCUGGAAGAAUAUAACAAAAUGAAAGAAGCAGAUCCAGAGUUCUAUCGUGAAGCUUCAAGCCUCCAAUAUGGGAAGGCACCUAAGCUUUCCGAAGACAAGAUUGACAAGAUGGCGAAGGAACGGAAGGACCGGGAUGAUAAGCGCAACUCAUUUAGCCGGAGGAGGAAGUUUCAUGAAGAGAAGGAUAUUGAUUCAAUCCAUGAUCGUAAUGAGCAUUUCAACAAGAAGAUUGAACGAGCGUUCGGAAAAUACACACUGGAAAUCAAAAAUAAUCUUGAACGAGGAACUGCAUUGCCUGAUUAA